AUGGCGUUCGCCUCGUCCCUAUCUCCACACUGUUCUCUACCCGCCAUCUCUUCAAAACCCACCAAGAUUUUAACCUCAUUCAACAAGAUCCAUCCUUUCUCUCUCCUCCAGCGACCUCCCAUUUUCAGAACAGUUUCCAGUUUGCAGUCGCAAAGGACAAACUCGUCGAAUUCUAAUCUAUUUGCUUCAGUUACAAGUGCAGAUGUUCUGCUGGAUGAUGCUGUUGAACAAGUACAGCUCCCAAAGGGUGACAGUUGGUCCAUUCAUAAGUUUGGCGGCACUUGUGUUGGAACUUCUGAAAGAAUACGAAACGUUGCAAACAUUGUUGUUAAGGAUGUUUCGGAAAGAAAAUUGGUUGUCGUGUCUGCUAUGUCAAAGGUGACUGAUAUGAUGUACGAUCUGAUACGCAAGGCACAGACCAGGGAUGAUUCUUACGUAAGCGCAUUGGAUGCUGUUUUGGAGAAACACAAGUCCACGGCACUCGAUCUACUUGAUGGAGAUGAGCUGUCAAAUUUCUUGGCUCGAUUGCAUGAGGACAUUAAUAACCUUAAGGCAAUGCUGCGUGCAAUUUAUAUUGCUGGUCACGCGACCGAAUCUUUCUCCGAUUUUGUGGUUGGACAUGGUGAGCUGUGGUCUGCGCAGUUGCUUUCUGCUGUUGUUAGAAAGAACGGGGUAGAAUGUACUUGCAUGGACACAAGGGAGGUCCUUAUUGUAAACCCGACGAGUUCUAAUCAAGUGGAUCCCGAUUAUCUGGAGUCGAGCCGAAAGCUUGAGAAGUGGUACACCGAAAAUAAAUCCGACACAAUUGUUGCAACGGGGUUUAUUGCCAGUACGCCUAAGAAUAUUCCCACAACUUUAAAGCGUGAUGGAAGUGAUUUUUCUGCCGCAAUUAUGGGUGCAUUGUUCAGAGCACGUCAAGUCACCAUUUGGACUGACGUGGAUGGUGUUUACAGUGCAGACCCCCGUAAAGUUAGUGAAGCUGUGAUAUUGAAGACAUUGUCUUAUCAGGAGGCCUGGGAAAUGUCAUACUUUGGGGCGAACGUUCUACAUCCUCGGACAAUUAUUCCUGUCAUGAAAUAUGACAUUCCAAUUGUUAUAAGGAAUAUUUUCAACAUUUCUGCGCCGGGGACCACGAUAUGUCGACCUACUGGUCUCGAGAAUGAAGAUAACCAGCAAGUAGAGUCUCCAGUCAAAGGAUUUGCUACGAUUGAUAAUUUGGCUCUUGUGAAUGUUGAAGGAACUGGAAUGGCCGGUGUUCCUGGUACUGCUAGCGCCAUUUUUGGUGCUGUGAAAGAUGUCGGAGCUAAUGUAAUCAUGAUAUCCCAGGCCAGUAGUGAACAUUCUGUGUGUUUUGCUGUACCUGAAGACGAAGUAAAAGCUGUAGCUGCAGCUUUAGAGUCUAGAUUUCGUCAGGCGCUGGAUGCUGGUCGUCUUUCUCAGAUUGCAGUUAUUCCCAAUUGUAGCAUUUUGGCAGCGGUUGGCCAGAAAAUGGCGAGUACCCCUGGAGUUAGUGCGACACUUUUCAAUGCACUUGCUAAGGCUAAUAUAAAUAUACGUGCUAUAGCUCAAGGCUGCUCUGAAUACAAUGUCACUGUGGUUCUCAAGCGAGAAGAUUGCAUAAAAGCAUUAAGAGCAGUGCACUCGAGAUUUUAUCUAUCAAGGACUACUAUAGCAAUGGGCAUUAUCGGGCCUGGGUUGAUUGGUGGAACAUUGCUGGAUCAGCUCAGAGAUCAGGCAGCAGUCCUCAAGGAAAACUUCAACAUUGAUCUCCGGGUGAUGGGUAUUACAGGAUCAAAGACUAUGCUCUUGAGUGAUACGGGCAUUGACUUGUCAGAAUGGAGAGAUCUCCAAAAGGUGAAAGGGGAAAAGGCGGACAUGCAGAAGUUUGUUCAGCAUGUGCACAGGAAUCAUUUUAUUCCGAAUACAGCUAUAGUGGAUUGCACUGCCGACUCGUUAAUCGCAAGCCAUUACCAUGACUGGUUGCGUCGGGGGAUUCAUGUGAUUACCCCGAAUAAGAAAGCCAAUUCAGGACCACUUGACCAGUAUUUGAAGUUGAGGACUCUUCAGAGACAAUCGUAUACCCAUUACUUUUAUGAAGCAACUGUUGGUGCCGGUUUACCAAUCAUUACCACCUUGCAAGGCCUCCUUGAAACUGGGGAUAAAAUACUGCGAGUUGAAGGCAUUUUUAGUGGAACCUUAAGUUACAUAUUUAACAACUUUGUGGGUGCCCGGACUUUUAGUGAAGUGGUGAAGGAGGCAAAAGAGGCAGGUUACACUGAACCAGACCCCAGGGAUGAUUUAUCUGGAACUGAUGUGGCUAGGAAGGUGAUAAUUCUUGCCAGAGAAUCUGGGUUGAAGCUAGAAUUGUCAGAUAUCCCCGUUCAGAGCCUAGUGCCAGACCCAUUAAAGGGUUGCACCUCCGCUGAGGAGUUCAUGCAGCAGCUUCCACAAUACGAUCAAGACAUGGCUAAGCAAAGACAGGAGGCUGAAGCUGCUGGUGAAGUCUUGAGAUAUGUCGGGGUGGUCGAUGUCAUCAACAAACGAGGAACUGUCGAGCUACGCAAAUACAAGAAAGAGCACCCGUUUGCCCAGCUUUCUGGAUCUGACAACAUAAUAGCAUUCUCAACUCUGAGGUAUGAAAAGCAACCGCUGAUUGUUCGUGGUCCAGGUGCCGGGGCUGAGGUUACAGCUGGAGGAGUCUUUAGUGACAUAUUGCGGCUGGCAUCUUAUCUUGGUGCACCUUCAUAA